AUGGCUGGCAAGUUCGAGCCCAAAGUCCCGGUGAACCUGGACCCUCCCAAGAGUGACCCUCUGUCUCGUGAGGAACUCUCCAACGCGGAUGGAACGGAAGGAAAGAAGUGCUAUGUUGCCAUUAAGGGCAAGGUAUAUGAUGUGACGGGCAACAAGAUGUACCAACCCGGGGGCUCCUACCACGUUUUCGCCGGCAAGGACGCCUCAAGAGCUCUAGCCAAGACGUCGACUAAGCCGGAGGAUGUCCUUCCAGAGUGGAAGGAUCUGGAUGAAAAGGAGAAAUCCACUCUGAACGACUGGAACACAUUCUUCUCCAAGAGGUAUAAUGUGGUCGGAAUCGUUGAGGGUGCAACCAAUUUGGAAGAUUAG